UAAUGUAUAUGGAAAUUCAGGUGAGGAGGAUCCAUCAAAACAAACAAACAAAAAGGCUCUGAAGCUGCAAAAAAUUCACAAUCAACAUGAUGAAUCCUCUAAUCUCGUUACUAGCAGCAGUCGUGUUGUUGUUGGCAGCUUCGUCGGUAAAUGCUAUCGGAUCGGACGCACCGUUCAUCGUGGCUCACAAGAAAGCUACACUCGACAGACUCAAAUCCGGCUCCGAAAAAGUCUCUGUUUCCAUUGACAUAUACAACCAUGGAUCUGCGACGGCAUAUGAUGUUAGCCUCACCGAUGAUGGCUGGUCCCCUGAAAUAUUCAGCAUCAUAUCAGGGAAUACUUCAAUCUCUUGGGAAAGACUUGAUGUUGGUGGUCUUUUAUCUCAUUCCUUUGUGUUGGAGUCAAAAGUGAAAACCGUCUUUUACAGCACACCUGCUGUUAUUACAUACCGUGUGCCCACAAAGGCUGCAUUACAGGAGGCAUAUACAACUUCACUUCUGCCUUUAGACAUCCUAUCAGAUAAGCCUCAGGAGACAAAACUUGAUUUUGUUCAGAAGCUGUUGGGGAAGUAUGGCUCCUUAAUAUCUGUGAUCUCCAUUGUGGUCCUAUUCUUCUACCUGCUGGUAACCCCUCCCCCUAAGUCAGCUGCUUCAAAGGGAAGCAAGAAGAGACGCUAAUCAACAUUAUCUAGAAUGCCAUGUAAUGGUAUCUGUAGCUGCUUGCCUACGACCCUUGUCUUUUGAUGGAAUUGUGAUGUAAAAUCUUCUAAAAGAGAGACCGGUCUUUUGAAUGAGUUGAAAUGUUAGGCUUUGUUGUAGAGAAUGAUCUUUGCAUCAAGACAGUUUCUCGUGACCUCCUUAAUUUCUGGUAGUUUCCUUGAGUUAUUUCGCUUUGCAGCAACCUUUAGAUGAAUAUUAACUGUGUUAAUGCAAAUGCAUCAAUAAAAUAAGUAACCUCAUUGCAAGGA